CGCGUAUGACGUAGCGCAGACACGCGCAAUGAUAGCCGGAAGCAUCGAUGGGAGGAAAAUAAAAAUCGAUUAAAGCCAGUGUAUAUCGCCAGUGUCAGAAAUCUAGUUUCUGUCCUUCCUGUUACCACAAGCUCGAGUUUCUCUGUGUUUUUAUUUUGCUGAAGGGAACGUCGGACAGCCAGACGCGCCGCUCCGUUUGCUCCAAGUUGCUCAGUGGGGGUUUCUAGCUGACGUGUGGAGAAGUUGAGACUGCUGGGGCGCAGAUAAACAAACAUAAACAAGCAGGGGAUCACCUGAGCGCCUGUUCCAACCGAACCAGGAGCUCGGAGAGAUGGCAGGAGCGGCCGAAUCCCAGGUUUGAGCCGCAGCAGACGGUGACUUUCACUCAGACUUGCUUUUACAUGUCAACAGUCAACACAAAGAAUUUAAGGAAACACGAGGAGAAAACCCACAGCUCCUCUUACUGUUGGUCACCCACAGCGAUAUUGUUAUGUUCAGCCAAUAAGUUCACCUUUCAGGUUCCAGCUGGAAACAAACCAAUACAUAUAGCUCGAGGAGGCAGAGGUUCACUGAUCUGUGGCCCCUGGUCCCAUAAGUAGAAUGAACAUGGCCCACCAGGCAACUCCUAGUUCCCAGAAAGCCCUAAUGAUGGAGCUGAAGUCCCUGCAGGAGCAGCCGGUGGAAGGCUUCCGCAUCACCCUGGUAGAGGAGUCUGACCUCUACAACUGGGAGGUGGCCAUCUUUGGGCCUCCCAAUACUUUGUAUGAGGGGGGUUACUUCAAGGCUCACAUCAAGUUCCCCAUUGACUAUCCAUACUCUCCUCCUACGUUUCGCUUCCUCACUAAGAUGUGGCACCCAAACAUUUACGAGAACGGAGACGUUUGCAUCUCUAUCCUACACCCUCCUGUCGACGACCCACAGAGCGGGGAGCUGCCGUCUGAAAGGUGGAACCCCACCCAGAACGUCAGGACAAUCCUGCUCAGUGUGAUCUCUCUGCUUAAUGAGCCCAACACCUUCUCCCCAGCCAAUGUAGACGCCUCGGUCAUGUUUCGCAAAUGGAGGGACAGCAAAGGCAAAGAUAAGGAGUACGCAGAGAUAAUAAGGAAGCAGGUGUUGUCAACAGCAGCAGAGGCCGAACGGGACGGCGUCAAGGUGCCGACCACGCUGGCGGAGUACUGCGUUCAGACCAGGGUUCCCUCUCAGGACAGCAGCUCUGACCUUCUCUACGACGACCUGUACGACGACGACAUGGAGGAGGAGGACGAAGAGGAAGACGAGAGCGAGAUGGAGUCUGUAGGUGAGGCGAGGGGCACCAGCUCUCUAGAGGACGGUGGGACGUCCACCAGGCACUAUGACAACCAGGACGACUCUGGCAACGAAGACUCUUGAUGAUCUGGAUUAUAAAUCCUCCCCACCAAUUUAGUCCCACCAUCGUCUUUUCGUUCCUUUUUUUCUUUUCUUCUCCUGAGUGUGUGGAUGUGUACACGUGUGUGGGUGUGUGUGUGUUUGUGCAAACAGUGGGGUCAAAAGUCUACUGCCAAAAUGUUUAAUCAUUGAUCUAGUUCAUCUUUUUCACAUGCUGUCAAAAAAAUAACAAAACAACAACCUCAUUGCAACAGAUGCCUGUUGGCACUUUUUCCACAUAAAGUCAGAGUUUGGUGUUCUCACUGUUUGCCUUAACAAAAACCCACAGUCUGUUGAACGCUUGGAAAAGUUGGAGUUUGUAAAAAAAAAAAAAAAAAAAAAGGAAAACGGUUCAAGAGA